UCUGCAGCUGCAUCUGCACCUACGCUAGUACCUACACGUACGUACUAGCUACUCCUAAGCACCCUUGGGUGCUCCACCUGGAAAUACCGCCGCUUCUGACCUUAUUCAUAGCGCCCGACCCCGCUUUGAGAGGAGGUUUCCCCCUCGCCGUCCCCUCUUUCUCUCGCUUGAGCGCGGGGGCAGCGAAAAACCCAAUGAUCAUUCAUUCUUCUUAUAGACAACACGGGGCGCGGCUUUCUCUGGUCGUGUAAGCCGCCCGUUCCUCACUCCCUUUGUCGCGACUAUGCUCCAUUUCCUCUCCCACUCGCUCGUUGCCACAGCAGCCCUACUGGCCACCGCCGCACUUGCGGCGACGACGGCACGCCCAGCGUCCAGGGCAGAGGACGCAAAGGCAGGCUACCUCCUGACGACGUUCCCCGUCCAGGACGAGGCCGUCUACAUGCGCCUAUCCAACGGCAACGACGCCCACUCCUGGCGCGCCCUGUCCCUCAACGGCAGGCAGGACAUCCUCCGCAGCGACAUCAGCACCGAGGGCGUGCGUGACACAUUUGUUGUUCCUUCCCAAGACGGCUCCCAAUUCUGGCUGACGGGCACGGACCUCAACGUCAACGCGCACGAGGGCGACUUCAACGCGUCGACGCGCUUUGGAAGCCGAUCGAUGCUCCUCUGGACAUCGCCGGAUCUCGUCAAUUGGAAAGGGCCCUCGCUCACCCCGGCCCUUGUCAAUGCCUCGGCAGGCAAUGUAUGGGCGCCAGAGGCCUACUACGAUCCCCUCGUCAAGGCCUACGUCGUCGUCUUUGCCUCUCGCUUCUGGUCGGACAAGGACAAGGAUAGGACGGGACCGGUGCCUAACAACGUCCUCAUGUAUGUCACUACCCAAGAUUUCAAAAGCUUCUCGCCAGCAAAGACGUACUUCAACCCCGGCUACCCCGUCAUCGAUGCCACUUUCCUGCCCAUGCCCGAAGAGGGUGCCAACGUGUGGUACCGCUGGGUAAAAAGCGAGGUCGACUUCAAGGUCUUUCAGCAGAGAUCCACCAACGGCAUCCUCGGCAAGUGGACCAACGUGGGCGGGGCGCCCGACAGCACGCGCAUCGAGUUUGCCAGCCAGUACUCGAACAACGAGGGCCCGCUCAUCUUCCGCGACAACGUCGACAGGCGCAAGUUUCACCUCUGGAUCGACGAGAACACGCUAAACACCUACAUUCCUGCCACAGCCACGACGCUCAACGACAUGGCGGCGUGGAAGGCAGACAGCCGCGACGGAUUUCCUCAGCACAUCAAGCACGGCAAGGUCCUGGCAGUCAACCAGCGCCAGUACGACGCCAUCCUUGCAAAGUACCAGGUAGUCAACGGGGCGUGAGACCCUAGCCACAACUCAACGACGCAUUUGCUCCUCCGUCUGAUUUGAGAAUGUAACAUUUGAAAUGUGG